AUGUCCUUUGAGAAAGGACAGUACGACGUUGCUCUAGGGCGAGUCCUACGUUUUCUAAGUCAAAAAGAUCUAUGGACUUGUUCUCUUGUCAACAAAACCUGGAAUCAACUUGCAAAGUCAGAACUUUGGCGCCAACCGAAGUUUGGUACUGGUAGUUCAACUUCAAUACAGUCGUUCCGACAGUUUCUCAAGACACUGGAGAAUGCAGGAGGCGAGACCAAGUCUUUAAUUAAGGUCAUGGACGUUAGUCAAGUUCAAGAGUCGUUAUACGAGACUAUUGAUGAUAAUUGGCUAACUAUGAUUUUACAAAAUUGCCCCCAUUUACGUUCACUCAUAAUCCGAGACACUUCCUUCUUAACCACUACUUCGAAUAUGAUCACCAAUGAUUCCGCAGAUCGGAAAAGUGCUUUAAAAGAGGUAAUGAUUUAUAGAGCGAAAUACGAAAGUGAUUUUAUCUUGGGUGGAUACACAAAAACUUCAAUGAAAAAUUUUGAGAAAGAUGACGAGGAGGUUAGCGAAGGUUGGGUGAGAAAGUUCAACGUGCAACAUCCAAGCGGCCCAAAAAUUAAGUUGACAUUGCUGGAUGA